ACUUACUCAAACACACCGAACGAUUCGAGUACACCACGUAAACGACAUGGACAUGGCUCACAACUUUAUUUUGCUGUUACAGAUAACUGUGUUGUUGUGUGUGUUGGUAGAUUCGACAUCAGCCCAUGGUGCAGAUGAAGCUAACCCUUGCACUAGUUCACACUGUCAAAAUGGUGGCACGUGUAGACCUGACGGUCAAUCAUUUCGUUGUGAUUGUCACGAGGGAUAUGGCGGAGAUUUCUGUAACCUUGAUCAGCCAGUAACUCAGCAUAGAGUUGUAAUUGGCGAUAAUGUUAGACUUGCGUGCUAUACAAAUCGAAGUUUGCCCAGACCGGUAGAUGUUGAAUGGUUUAAAUCUGUAGACGGAAACAAUACACGUGUUAAUCUCACAGCUGACGUCAGUAAAUAUGGCGGUGGAACAAUAUCUAAACGCAGCCUGACAAUAUAUCGUACCAACUUUGAUGACACAGCAGAUUAUUCCUGUCGGACCAAUAAUACGGCCCAUGUUGUAAACCAAGAGUUCCAUCACGUCUCAGUUGAAGGAGUAAAACAUGAAUGCAGUUCCAUGAACGAAAAUCUAGUUAGACUGAAUUACAUAGGAGUUGCUGUAGAAGUUGUGUUCACGGAUCAGACCAAUGCAGAAUGUCCCUUUUUACCUGUAGAUGAUAAAUUUGAUAACUUCAAACUCACAGUAGGAUUAGGGAAUGUAAACAGUACCAGUAACGUCAGCAAUGAAUGUAAUUUUACGAAAACAUCAGAAGAUUAUUUUUCAGGAAGAGUAAUAGUGAGACGAACGAUGAAGGGUUUUGAUACUACAACAGACUUCGCACUUGAUGUCUACUGUUCAUAUGUUGUCACUACAAACAGUAUGGCACAAAUUACCACUGAGAGUAAAAAACUGUCUGCCCCUGUUCUACAGUCACAGCCAAGUGGGCCAAAAUCCGAGUCAUCAUAUUCAGUUGAAGUUCGGGACUAUAGGGGAAGACCUCUGAGAAAUCCUAGACAGAAAUCACCUGUCAUUUUUCAAGCUGUUAUGACUCCUGCUGGAAAUAAUACCGCGUUUACCGUCUCCAGUUGUAAAAUAUUCACAGAUGACAAAAAGAAAAUCAGAAAUGUGUUAACAAAUGGCUGCGGAACAGGUUUCCCUUUCAAAGUAACAGAAGGUUUUACUAUGAGAGGAACUAUAGGGAAAAGUCCGAUUUUUAAGCUAUUCACUUUAAAAAGAAGACACCGAUUAAACAUUGCGUGCAAUUUCUUCGAAUGUGAAGGAAAUUGUGAUGGGAGUUCCUGCAAAAAGACAUAAUAACUGUAGAAUUGGAAUAGUCGGCUGUUUAAAUAAAAUAUAUUCUUCGUAAUA